UGAGUGAGUGGCGAGUGUUUAGUAGAUUAGCGGACGUAUUGUCUGAACGGCGCGUAUAGUUGUAUGAUAUCGUUGUUUGGCAUAGAAUUUGCGAUACGUUUGGCUGUGAAUUGAGUUGAUGUGAGACAAACUGAUUGAAUGAAUGCUUUGCACACAAAACACUCGUAUAGUUGUUGUGUUUGAUGUCCACCAAAAUUCUUGAGUCAUAAGCGUGUGUCUCAUCGACGCCACCGCUGUUGUCACCCUAAUUGGUCCACAACUCAGGCCAACCCUCACUACAGUGUGUGUCCGCACCCGUGAGACACAGUGAGACCCGAGUGGACACCCGAUAUAGAUAUACAUGUAUUGGCGGUCAAUGUCUGGGGUUUAAUGACAUCACAUAUUUGACUGCUUUUUUGUGCCGACCAUUGAAUGUCUUCAGCAACGAUGAUGUCUUCGGCCCCGAAGAGUGUCCGCGUGGCCAACACUCGCAUCGUUGAGACCAACAGUUCGGGAAUCGUGACGAUUGUGAUCGACGACGACGACCACUACCGCCACACCGCUGUUGACGACCACUUCUCGGACACGAAUUCCUACGACGAGUGCUCGCCGUCGGCCGCAACGGCGCCCACCGGUCGGCCCCACAUCGGUGUCCGGAGUCCGGUCUGCACUCCGGGUUCACCCAAAUUCAUUAAUUCGGAGAAUUCGCAGAAUAUUCUCAUCAAAGAGAAUAAGACAAACGUUAUUGUCGUCAACAGCGGCGGCGGUAACACUGGUCUGGGCUUUACGUCACCGCACUUCAGGUCCGGACAGUUGUGUUUGAGUCCGUCGACGUCGUGCUGUUCGCCGCAUACGGACGUCCGGACGCAUCACAAUAUUGUGGCCAAACAACAGACCCAUUACGUGGUGGUCAAUAAGCCGAAGCCGCCGUCGACGGCCACCUCGACGUCCACCACAUCAUCACCGAUGACUUCCAGUAUGUCUUCUUCGUCGCCCUUCUCGCCCAAGUUAUCGCCAAAUAAGCUACGCCUGUGGCAGCCCAACAACGCCAGCACUCCGGCCACCGCCGCCGGCGCGCCGACGACCCCCCGAUCGCCGCAAGUGCUGGUCUCGACGCGAUCGCGCUCUCAGACGGCGUGUCUGCCGCCCGAAGACGUGGAGUCCGAUUGUAUGGACGACCGAAUGUUCUUCAAGUAUCUGAAUUUGAUUCCUCGGAGGGAAUCCAUGACCAAAACAGAGCUCACGCUCAGAAUUGAAUGGCCGCUGCGGAAAGUGACCAGAAUUCCCAAACCGGAAACCGAUUCAAACGGCAAAAUACUUUUGGCCAACUUUAAGUUAAUUCGAGAGCCAAUUAAGAGCACACCAGACAUGAAGCAAGUGUUGAGCGAACGGAAGGUCCAGUGGUAUAGAGAAGCGCAACAAUACAAUGAAAGGCUCCAAAGAUUUAAACAAAAUCUUCCCCGAAAUCUGGAAGUGAGACAUAAAUGUCAGUCAGAUUUGGAAGGACUUCAUAAACGACUUAUGGCUGAAAAGAGUAGACUUAAUGUCGACGAAGAGAAAUACCGGCGAUUGAAAACUGUUGAACAGAACCAGAGAUUACAUAAAGAGGAACUCAUUCAGGAGUUGGAGGGCUAUACCAACGCUUUCGAGAUAUCGUCGCUUAUGGGACGACGCGUUCGUCUCUCCAGCGAUAACUCAUCCCUAAAUCCGCUGCAAAUCUUUAAUUUGAAUAUUCGUAAUGAGAACUAUUGUAAUCAACUGAAGACCAUUCGAGACCUGAUCGCAGCUACUGUUCCACAAAAUGCUAAACUCUCGACACGAAUCACUCGUUCCAACACUGGGUUCGCCGGCAUUGAUAAGAUGUGGGGACCGAGGAGUGAGAGCCACGAGUACUCCUUCACCAGAAAGCAGAGACUCGAAAGAUAUCAGCGCUUGGAAACCGGUCUCAACUGGAAAUCACGAUUAGUUAAGAAGCACUGCAAGAGUAUUGAUGUCGAAGUGGACAAGAUAACUCGGUGUCCGUGUUGUCUGGAAUUAGUGGAACCCGAGUGGGGCCACAGUUGUCGCGAUUCCGAUGAGGAGUCAAUCGCCGGAGACAUAUCCAGUAUUAAUGGCUCGGAGUUUGGCGUUCAGUCGGAGAAUACAUUCAAUGACGACGAAGUGAUUUCGACGAACAGCGAAGUCGUGACAAUUGGAAACGUUGUCUGCUAUGAAUGCGGGCGUCAGGACUGUCUGGGAAACUGUGUCGACUUCAACGGCACGACAGUCACACAAAUAUCAAUCACUGAGCCGUCAGCCGUCCACAGCUCAGUCGCCGCACCCAUUAUUGUGUUCUCAGCCAACGAAGGACUGCUUCCCGUGAAGUCUGAAAUCGAGGACAAGAUUAUGGUUCAAAAGGUUCCGAUUCUGUACGACAAGAGCAACAAUCAUAGCCACAGCCGACGGAGUGAUAGCAUUCCCAUUAAGAGAAUUAAUGACCAGAGUUUGCGUUCGGCGGCCGAUAAGAGUGCGGAACCAAUGGAAUCGGACGACGAUAUUGUGAUCAUAAAUGAGGUGCGAAGCGAACCCCACAUAAUCGGUUCGUCGCCGCGACCGUUGAAACGUAUGGGCGAACCCGUUGUCAUCAAAUUCUUGCCCUCCAAUACCGACACUAAACCGUCGAUUAAACGCAAGUUUUCCGACAAAAGACUUCGCUCUCAUUCUCGCACUAAUUCUGACGAAAUAAUUGUUAAGAAAAUCAAAUGAAUACUAAAAACGUGACAUUAAUUUCGUAUAAUUAUUACACAUUGUUUUCUUUCUUUCAAAACUUAUUUAAUUCCCGAUUCUUUUAAAAUAAUUAAAUUAUUUCUGUUUUAUCCGUAUAUAGUAUAUAGAAAAGUGAUC